CAUGAAUAUUUUAUUUUACUUGAUUUUAUUUUAUUUUAUUUUAUAUAUAAAAUAUAUGAUCAUUAUUAAUAUUCUCUAAAGAAAUGUCUCUUUUAAUUACAAGAAACUGUCAUUAUGCUAUAAUCGUUGCCAUUGGUGAUGGUCAAGAGUUUAAAGCAGAAGAAGAUAAAGACUUUUGCGUUAGAUCACAACUUAACUUAAUUUUACCAUCUCAGUUACAGGAUUUAAUACCUCCUAAUACACGUUUAUCUACUAAACCAACUACGUUACAUGAAUCAUUUAGAAUUAGGACAACACUCGUCUAUUUUGUUUCUAGUCAACUUCUCAAAAGACUAAAAAAGACACAAUCAAGCAUCAUAUUAGAAUUUGUUAGUAUAUCUGUGACUAGUGCAGAAAAUCAAUUAGGGACCAUUGAAUUCAAGAUGGAGGAUGCUAAAAUGGUGAGGAUAUUAGAAGAAAAUAGCGAUAUUAAAACAAUCGAAAACUUUGUGAUUGAUAAAGGACAAUGGUUACCUGUUGGCAAUGAACACAUGAAGGGACAAAUCCAAGCAGGCUUAUUUAUUGUUGAAAUGCCAAAUAAUGCAAAGGUACCUGCUAAUAAUACAGUUGGCAGACCUAUCGAAGCACCUUCAAGAUCAUCUAAUAAUAGCCAUUACUAUAAUAAUAAUAAUAAUACUGUUUUAUUUGGAAAAGUAAACGAUGAAAUGGGCUUAGAAAUUUGUUCAGAUACAAGCGAAUUAUUUAAAAAUGAUCCAUUAGAGAUAGAGGAAGAAAGCAAUAUAUCAUCUAGUGAAUUAGAAGAAGAUAUAUCGAAUAAUAGUGAAUCAGAAGCAGAAGAAACAGAAGUUAUUAAAGUUGGAGAAGGAAUGGAACAAUACAGUUUCAUAUUUCGAUUACUUGAAGCUAUUCACUUGUCCGAUAUUACAAGAUCAUUUACAGAUAUUAAAGAUGCCUAUUUUCAAUAUAAGAUUGGCAAUCAAAUAUUUAAGUGUCCAGUUCAAUAUAAUGAAAAUGAAUGGAAAGCGAUGGAUUACAAGCAUCAACUAUUCUUUGUAGGUGAAUUAUCUGAUAUAAAAAUAUGGUUAGCAGAAGAACAAACCACAGUUGAUAUAUUCUUAGUUAUUCAAUAUGCCAAUUGGAAAGAAGAUUUCUUUAUCGGAUAUUCUAAUAUCUAUUUAACAGAUCAAACUAUAGGCUUAAAACAACAAGCAAGGAUUAUUUAUGAUCAAAAUCAAAAGUGGCAUAUGAACUCACAAAUGCAAUCACCCAAGUUACGCUUAGAAAUAGGUUUAAUUGAGGGUUGGGAAAAAUAACACUUAUUUGAUUGGUUCAAUGUAUAUAUCAACAUUACUUACUAUUUAUGCAUAUUUCAAAUACAACCAAAAAUAUAACAUAACAUUACUUACUUUUACUUUUUUUUUUUUCGUUUC